UGUGUACUCUUGACCUCAGUUCCUACUUAUAUAGCUCGGCUCUUCCUCUUCCACAAAUCUCAUUCAUCACGUUUAAUUUCUAGAGAUCACGAUGAAGGGAGCUAAGAAUUACUUGAGGAUGUCGACUGAUCCAACUCUAUCAGAAGCAGCUUCCAAGUUGAUCAACUCCGAUUUGAAAGAUAUCGGAGAAGCUACGAGGAAAUUGGCUGAUCAUGUCAUCAAGCUCGGAGUCAGCGGUGGUUUCAUCACUACCUGUCUUCAAUGGCUCGCUUGCUUCGCCGCCAUUUAUUUGCUGAUACUCGAUCGGACAAACUGGAGGACGAAGAUCCUCACCUCACUUUUGGUCCCCUACAUCUUCUUGACUCUUCCUGAGUGGCUCUUCGGAAUUUUGCACGGAGACAUCGGGAAAUGGAUCACUUUAGUCGGAGUCGUAUUGCGCCUCUUCUUCCGUGAACAUUACCCAGAAUAUCUAGAGUUGCCGGGAUCGUUGCUCCUUUUGGUUGUGGUAGCUCCGAACUUCGUCGCCGGCUAUGUCAGAGUAGGGUGGAUCGGAGUGAUUGUCUGCUUGGUUAUCGGAUGCUAUUUGCUUCAAGAACACAUCAGAGCUUCUGGAGGAUUCAAGAACGCUUUCACCAAGAGCAAUGGCAUUUCCAACACCAUCGGUAUCGUUCUCUUGUUCGUCUUCCCUGUCUGGGCUAUAAUCGGGUUAAUAUUCUGAGAUGUUUUGUGCUUUAUGUGUAUUCGAUAACAUGAAUCCUUCCAUUGAUGUGUGCAUUGAAGGUUCGUUUGUAUUUAUGUGAUGUGAGUCUUUUUUUUUUCUUUGAUUCGAAUUCGCUAAAUAAGUUUGAUUCAUUCUGUUCUCUAGUUUGUGUUAAUGCAUGGGUUGAAGCUCCAAAUUUGUUA